AUGAUUCGUUUAUCUAAAAAUAUAAUACCUGCGGUAACGAAAACGUUAUUAAAAAGAACUAAUCAAUCUCAAAAUCCAAGUAUAUUAGUUUUUUUCCAUGGACAAAGGUUACUUUCAGAUACAACUGCAUCAGGCGGCAAGUUUGCUGUUCAACAUGAAGAUUUUGGGCGACCGUUAUAUUUUGAUGCUCAAGCCACAACACCAAUUGAUCCAAGAGUGCUUGACGCCAUGUUACCAUAUCUUGUGAGUUAUCAUGGUAAUCCACACUCCAGGACUCACGCUUAUGGGUGGGAGAGUGAGGCAGCAGUUGAGAAAGCCAGAGAACAAGUGGCAGAUUUAAUUGGAGCUGAUCCAAAAGAAAUAAUAUUCACUUCAGGAGCAACAGAGUCAAAUAACAUAUCAGUAAAAGGAGUGGCCAGGUUCUAUGGAUCCCGGAAGAAGCAUGUUGUUACCACACAAAUUGAACAUAAGUGUGUGUUGGACUCAUGCAGAGCUUUAGAAGGAGAAGGAUUCAAAAUCACAUAUUUGCCAGUUAAGGAAAAUGGAAUCAUAGACAUGAAAGAAUUGGAAAAAGCUCUCACACCAGAAACUAGUUUGGUUUCCAUUAUGACGGUUAACAAUGAAAUAGGUGUUAUGCAACCUAUUGCUGAAAUAGGUGCAUUGUGUAAAAGCAAAAAGGUUUAUUUUCAUACGGAUGCAGCCCAAGCAUUAGGAAAAGUUCCCAUUGAUGUCAAUAAAAUGAACAUUGAUUUGAUGUCCAUAUCUGGGCACAAGGUAUAUGGACCAAAGGGUGUUGGCGCAUUGUACAUACGGCGGAGGCCUAGAGUGCGAGUUGAGCCUAUUCAAAGUGGAGGUGGACAAGAGAGAGGAAUGCGCAGUGGUACAGUUCCAACCCCACUUGUUGUAGGACUCGGUGCAGCAUGUGAUAUAGCAAAGCAAGAAAUGGCAUAUGAUCAUGCAUGGAUGGAAAAGUUGUCGCAGAGGUUCUUGGACAAGAUCUAUUCAAAACUAACUCAUGUCAUUAGGAAUGGAGAUGCAGAAAAGACAUACCCUGGCUGUAUCAAUUUGUCGUUUGCUUACGUAGAAGGUGAAUCGUUGCUAAUGGCUCUAAAGGAUAUUGCAUUAUCGAGUGGCUCUGCUUGUACCUCGGCUUCGCUAGAACCAUCAUACGUAUUGCGCGCAAUUGGAACAGAUGAAGAUUUGGCACACAGUUCUAUUAGAUUUGGAUUCGGAAGAUUUACAACAGUAGAAGAAGUAGAUUACACAGCUGAAAAAACAAUCAAACAUGUAGAACGCCUAAGAGAAAUGAGCCCACUGUGGGAGAUGGUGCAAGAGGGAGUAGACAUCAAAACUAUUCAAUGGUCACAGCAUUAA